UUUGUAAUUGAGCCUGUGUGAGUGAUUGAUUUUGUGAGCUCUUCAUUACACGAGAGGCUUUAGUCUGUAUAAGUCUUUAACGAAAGAACAGCUAUGAUAAAAGAAGUUUUGCUCUGCCUGUGCUUGACCCUAGCACCUGUUUGGACAGCCCCUGUACAGACAGACUCUGGGCCGGUGGUUGUUCUGAAGCAUGGCAGUGUCCGUGGAGAAUAUAUGAAAGUUAAAGGCUCAGAAAAGGUGGUGGAGCAGUUUUUGGGUAUUCCUUUUGCCCAGCCACCUGUUGGCCCUCUCCGCCUGGCUGCACCUGGUCCUGUACAGGGAUGGGAGGGCAUAAGAAAUGCCACUCAGCACCCAUCCAUAUGCCUUCAAAACCCAGAUAUUCUGCCUAUAGUAGCAAAAUCAAUGGCGUUGGAUUUCACACCAACAGGAGUCUCAGAAGACUGUUUGUAUCUGAAUGUUUACGCUCCGUCUCAAAGAUCAGAAUCAGAUAAACUUCCAGUAAUGGUCUGGAUUCACGGAGGAGGUCUGGUCAUGGGCGGCGCUUGCACGUUUGAUGGAUCCCCGUUAGCAGCCUAUGAGAACAUAGUUGUGGUUGUCAUUCAGUACCGACUUGGAAUGUUAGGAUACUUCAGCACAGGAGAUAAGAACGCUCAAGGUAACUGGGGUUUCCUAGACCAGAUUGCUGCGUUACAGUGGGUCCAGCAAAACAUUGAGGGUUUUGGAGGAGACCCCCAGUCUGUCACUAUAGCUGGGGAGUCUGCAGGAGGAAUCAGUGCCUCUUUUCUGACAUUGUCACCCAUGACCAAGGGUCUGUUUCAGCGGGCCAUCUUUCAGAGUGGGGUAGCAACUGUGAUAGGCUACGCCGUCAAAGACCCUUUGAUGCUUGCCACGGUGGUAGCAAAUGUUACUGAAUGUGACUUCAGCUCUAAUGAAGUGCUGACCAAAUGCAUAAAAGAACUGACUGAGGAACAAAUCAUCGAUGCAGCUAAAAAGAAACACAUUUUCCCUGGAGCAACAAUUGAUGGGGAAUUCCUUAAAGCUCAACCAGAGGAGUUACUAAAGAGCAAAGACUUUCAUAAAGUUCCAAUUCUUGUCGGAGUAACAAACCAUGAAUUUGGAUGGAUGCUCACUCAGGCCUUAGUCUCAGAAGACUGGGUAAAAGGAAUGGACGCAAAAUUAGUGAAACAAUCGAUGGACAUUUUUAACAAAGAUGGAAAGUCAGGAGUCAAUGAAAUCAUAGCAGAAGAAUACCUAAAAAAUGCUAAAACUCCAGAGGACGUUCGCGACGCAUUUACUGAGAUGCUGGGAGAUCUUUUUAUGGUGAUUCCUUCCAUUAAGGUUGCAUCUUACCACAGAGAUGCUGGAGUGCCUGUGUAUAUGUAUGAGUUCCAGCAGCGGCCAAGUAUAUUUAAAGAUCUCAGACCCAGCUUUGUGAAAGCUGACCAUGGUGAUGAUCUUGGAUUUGUGUUUGGGGCAUGCUUUUGGGAUGGCCAUAUCAAAGUGGGGACGCUCACUGAGGAGGAAAACCAACUAUGCAGAACCGUCAUGGGAUACUGGGCGAACUUUAUUCGCACUGGAUCACCAAAUGGUCCCAAUCUGGUACAAUGGCCUGUGUACGACAAGACUAAUAAAUACAUGAACCUGGGAUUGCAGCAAACUGAGGGACAGGGUCUGAAGAUGGACAAGCUACUCUUUUUCACUGAAGAAUUGCCUAAAAAGCUUGCAGCACUCCACAAAGCCUAAUUAGUUAUUUCUCUAACAAACAUUGAUGCAUUUAGCAGACACUUUAAAGCAACUUACAGUGUGUUCAGGCUAUGCAUUUUUGUUUUCUUUUUCAUGUUCCCUGGGAAUUGAACCCAUGGCCUUUUGCGCUGCUAUAAGGCAAUGCUCUACCACUGAGCCACAGGAACUUACUCAAUGGUUCUCCUAUAGCCUAAAUAAAAUCUAAUUUGCACA